AUGCACCCGCUUCCGGCGCCCGUGGCUUCCCAACUGGCGGCCGUGCUCGCGGACCCGGUCGGCAUCCCGCUGCCUGUCUUCAACUCCCUCCUCUCCGCGCUCGCCGCCUCCGUGGAGCCGUCCCACGCGCACCUCCCGCUCCACCUCUUCCGCCGCCGCCUACUCCCGCUUCGCCGCCCCGACGCCUUCACCCUCUCCGCCCUCACCUCGUCCCUCCCCUCCGCCGCCGCCGCCCUCCACGCCCUCGCCCUCCGCCACGCGGACCCCAUCCUCGCCAACUCUCUGCUCCGUCUCUACCUGCGCCCAUCCGUCCCCUGCCCGGGCCUCGCGCGCCGCCUGUUCGACGAAAUGCCCGCGCGCACCGCGUCCUCCUACAACACCCUCAUCUCGCACUCGCCCGACGACGUGUGGGGCCUGGUGCGGCGGAUGGUCGCUGACGGGUGCGCGCCAGUCUCAGCCGUGCUGCCCGCGUGCACGUCUGCGCACUGGGGCAGGGAGCUGCAUUGCUACGCGGUCAGGGCUGGGAUGUGCGGGGAGGAUGAUUUCCAUGUCAGCAGCGGCCUUGUGUCCAUGUACUGCAGGGUUGGCCACCCGGACUCUGCCCGAACGGUGUUCAACAGGAUGGAACGGAGGAAUGUUGUUUCCUGGACUGCCAUGGUCGGAGGGAUCGCGUUGAUCACUGUGCUCUCGGCCAUUGAGGCCCUCUCGGGCUUGGCAGAGGGGAAGCAGGUGCAUGCUUUUGCGGUGAGAAUGAUGAUGCGCGCUGAGGUGUCGCUGAACAAUGCUUUGAUUGAUACAUACGCAAAGCGUGGGGCCUUGCAUUAUGCAAGGCGGAUCUUUGAUGAUACCAGUUGGUGCAAAGAUGUGAUCUCAUGGGGUGCAAUGAUUUUGGGUUAUGGCAUUCAUGGUAUGGGUGUCGAAGCAGUUGCUUUGUUCGAUCAGAUGCUUUCCUCUGGGGUAAAACCUGACAGCAUAAUUGGACUUGGUGUUCUUUCAGCUUGUUGCCACGCGGGUUUGGUGUUGAAGGGCCUUAAUACAUACAGCUCCAUGGUAAAUGAUCAUGGGUCAAUGAGUGUGGAGCCAGGCCCUAGUGUCUGGGGAGCACUUCUGGAUGCCUCUGUUAAGUACGGCAACGAAGAAAUCCAAGAUUUGGCUUCCAGGUCUCUUCUUAGAUUGGAACAAGGGAAACCAUCAAAUCUUGUUGCAGUAUCUAACCUAAAUGCUUCUUCAGAAAGGUGGAAUGUUGUUGAACAAGUAAUUCUUGAGAAAGGGAGCAGUGGUAGGAUGGGUUUCCAGUGUUGCAUGUGCAUCACAGUAUCAGGUACGCGGUUUGCUGUUUGUGGUGGCCUCUUUUUCUUUUCUGAUAUCUAA